CGAACAUCCCUAUACCAUAAUAAGCAAAUGUGCAUGUCAUGUCAUUUUCUCUGAAUCGUACAUAAUUUGUUUUAUUUGUGAGAAUCAAGCGAUAUUGAAUAGAAUAAAAAUGUUGAGUGUAACUGAAAAUUUUCCCGAGUAUGCCGUACCAGGCGCUAAACAGGUUCGUUUUGAGCCGUACGCAGACAAUGGGGGAAGCAUAGUCGCGAUCGCCGGCGACGACUACGCUGUCAUCGGUGCUGAUACCCGUUUGAGCACAGGCUUCUCCAUCUAUACCAGGGAGCAGAAGAAGCUGUUCAAGUUAUCAGAGAGCACGGUACUCGGCGCGACAGGAUGCUGGUGUGACACUCUAACCCUGACCCGUUUGCUCCAAGCCCGCAUGCAGAUGUAUGAACAUGAACACAACAAGUCGAUGUCUACGCCGGCCGUCGCGCAGAUGCUGUCGACCAUGUUGUACUAUAAACGUUUCUUCCCGUACUACGUGUCUAACGUACUAGCAGGUUUGGAUUCAGAAGGCAAGGGAUGCGUUUACAGUUACGAUCCAAUUGGACACUGUGAGCGUUCUAACUACCGCGCUGGGGGCUCCGCGGGCGCACAGUUGCAGCCAUUGCUAGAUAAUCAGAUAGGUCUAAAGAAUAUGCAGAAUGUGACAGCAGCCCCAAUCCCCAGAGAGAAGGCACUAGCUCUGCUGAAGGAUGUGUUCAUCAGCGCUGCAGAACGUGAUAUUUACACUGGUGACAGUAUCUACAUACUAAUCAUUACAGCUAAUGGUAUUCAAGAAGAGAAAUUUGAACUCCGUAAAGAUUAGUGUAAUUAAAUAUAAAUAAUAAAAUGUCUAUUACUUCUAUAA